AUGGACGGUAUGGACAAGGGCGUUCGAAGGGGCGAUGCCGUGCCUGAUGAGUUGGCCCUGGUCGAUAUAGAGAAGACGACCUUUGGACAGACUCCCCUAACGACAGCACCGGACGACAGAACAGAUGCGAAAUGGAGGGACUCCUGGAACAAAUCGCACAAACGAUCACGGUUCUCACAAGAAUCGAAGAGCUUGCAAAAGUCGGACAAAGGGAAGGAGAAGGGAAAGGACAAGGACGAAGAGGAGGUCGAGGAGAAAGAUCCCUUUGCUCAUUUGCCAGAACAUGAAGCAUCGAUACUGCGCCGGCAGUUGGAGAUUCCCCCCGUAAAUGUCUCUUACAAGGACUUGUAUCGAUAUGCGACGAAAACCGAUCUGGUAAUUCAAUGCGUUGGCGGAAUCAUGGCCCUUGCUGCCGGAGCCGCGCUACCUCUGAUGACCAUUGUUUUUGGAUCGCUUGCUGGCAAAUUCGCUGGCUUCUUCAACGGGACUGUCUCGGGGCAAGAUUUCCAGGACACUGUGAGCCAUCUCACGCUGUACUUCAUCUACCUGGCCAUUGGAGAGUUUACAGCUACGUACGUUGCAACAGUUGGCUUCAUCUACACGGGAGAGCACAUUUCCGGCAAACUCAGAGAGCAAUAUCUUGCCAGCAUUUUGCGUCAGAACAUUGGGUACUUCGACAAGCUCGGAGCCGGGGAGAUUACCACUCGCAUCACGUCCGACACUAACCUGGUCCAGGACGGCAUCUCGGAGAAGGUAGCACUGACCUUGACCGCAAUUGCGACGUUCUUCUCUGCUUACAUUAUCGGAUUCAUCAAAUACUGGAAGCUGACGCUCAUUCUGACCUCUUCGAUCAUGGCGAUCUUCCUUACCAUGGCCAUUCUCGGACAAUUCAUCGUCAAGUACAACAAACUGUCACUAGCAUCUUACGCCGAAGGUGGAACGGUGGCAGAAGAGGUCCUCAGCUCGAUCCGCAACGCUGUUGCAUUCGGAACGCAGGACAAGCUGGCCAAGCAGUACGACAAACAUCUCACUGUAGCUGAAAAGGCCGGGUAUACAACAAAGGCUCUCACUGGAUCUAUGAUAGGGCUCUUGAUGUGCUACGUCUACCUAACCUACUCUCUGGCUUUCUGGCUUGGUGGUCGAUACAUUGUUAGCGGCGAAACUUCGCUUUCGGCUGUCCUCACCAUUGUUCUAUCGAUCAUGAUUGGCUCUUUCGCUCUAGGGAACGUAGCUCCUAACGCCCAGGCUUUCACAACUGCUAUUGCGGCGUCUGGCAAAAUCUACGCUACCAUCGAUCGCGUCUCGCCGCUGGACCCCACUUCGACAGCAGGCRAGAAGCUGGACAGCUUAGAUGGCGCAGUCGAGCUGCGCAACAUCAGGCACAUCUACCCCUCACGUCCGGAAGUCGUGGUGAUGGAGGAGGUGAACUUGAUAGUACCCGCAGGGCAGACAACCGCUCUUGUUGGUGCCUCUGGAUCUGGCAAGAGCACCAUCGUAGGACUUGUGGAGCGAUUCUAUGACCCUGUGGGUGGCGAAGUACUGCUAGACGGCGUUAACGUCCAGGAUUUAAACCUCCGCUGGCUCCGCCAACAGAUCAGCUUGGUUUCACAAGAGCCAACUCUUUUCGCCACUACAAUCGCAGGUAACAUUCGCCAUGGCCUCAUUGGGACACAGCACGAGCAUUUAUCUCUCGAGGACAGCCAGGAGCUGAUUGAGAGUGCUGCGAAGAUGUCCAACGCGCACGACUUCAUCACCCAGCUUCCCGAAGGCUAUCAAACCAACGUCGGCGAGCGGGGAUUUCUUCUCUCCGGAGGCCAAAAACAACGUAUCGCGAUUGCACGAGCCAUCGUCAGCGACCCCAGAAUUCUUCUUCUCGACGAGGCAACUUCAGCGCUCGACACCAAGAGCGAGGGUGUUGUGCAAGCAGCACUCGACCGCGCAGCGCAGGGCAGAACGACUAUUGUCAUCGCCCAUCGACUUAGCACAAUCCGAGAUGCAGACAACAUUGUUGUGAUGUCUCACGGGCGAAUUGUGGAGCAGGGCACCCACAACGAGCUGUUGGAGAGGAAAGACGCAUACUAUAACCUCGUAGAAGCCCAAAGAAUCGCUGCCGAGAAAGGCAAACCAGAUGAGGAGGAAGAAGAGGAGGAAGCGUCUCGCGAGUAUUCUCCUGUCGAAUUUGAGAAGAAUGCCCACGAUCAUGAUUCGGAAGACCUCGAACUCAAACAGACCACCAGCCGAUUCAGCAGGAUCUCAAAACACUCGAGAUCGAUGUCUACCGCCACGGAGAGGGCCGUAGCGAAGGUCAAACAAGAGAGGGCACCAAGAUACUCCCUUUGGCGACUGGUUAGAGUUGUCAUGAGCUUCAACAAAACGGAAUGGCAUUGGAUGCUCCUUGGUCUUGUGGCUGCGAUAAUCUCUGGUGCCGGCAAUCCCGUAUCUGCGGUCUUCUUCUCCAAAAUCAUUACCGCUCUCGCAAAACCUCCCAGCGAGUAUGACAGUCUGAAAGACGCGACUGCAUUCUGGUCUUGGAUGUUCUUCAUGCUGGCAUUGGUAACCCUGCUUGGCUACACCGUGAUGGGAAUAGCGUUCGCGUGGUGCAGUGAGAAACUUGUGCACCGGGCGCGAGACCAGUCAUUCCGCGCCAUGCUAAGGCAGGACAUUGCUUUCUUUGACCAGGAGAWGAACACCGCCGGAGCUUUGACCUCGUUCUUGAGCACGGAGACCACCCAUUUGGCUGGCAUGUCUGGAACCACACUUGGGACGAUUUUGCUAGUGAUGACCACCCUCGUCGUCGGCUUUGUCAUCUCUCUUGCCGUCGGCUGGAAACUCGCACUUGUCUGCAUCGCUACCGUCCCUGUUGUCCUGGCCUGCGGCUUUCUCCGCUUCUGGUUGUUGACACGAUUCCAAGCACGCGCAAAACUCGCCUACGAGAAGUCGGCCUCUUUCGCCUGCGAGGCUACCUCCGCAAUUCGAACAGUGGCCUCUUUGACCCGCGAGGAUGACGUUUGGCAGCAAUACCACGGACAGAUUGUUUCGCAAGGUAAGGAAUCUCUGCGACCGGUCCUCAGCGCCAGCUCUCUCUACGCGGCAUCCCAAAGUUUGAUGUUUUGCUGCAUUGCUUUGGGGUUCUGGUAUGGAAGCACUUUGAUUGGUAGCAACGAGUACACCAUGUUCCAGUUUUUCCUCUGCUUCCAAGCCGUCAUUUUCGGCGCCCAAUCCGCCGGAACGAUAUUUAGCUUCGCACCUGACAUGGGCAAAGCCAAGCACGCCGCGGCUGAGAUGAAGACUCUCUUUGACCGAAAACCGGAGAUCGACACUUGGAGCACGGAGGGCGACAUCGUGGACACAAUGCAAGGCGACAUCGAAUUCCGUGACGUCCACUUCCGCUACCCAACCCGUCUCGAGCAACCUGUGCUCCGAGGACUGAACCUCCGCGUUCGUCCAGGCCAAUACGUGGCUUUGGUCGGCGCCUCCGGUUGCGGCAAGUCUACAACGAUCGCCAUGCUCGAACGCUUUUAUAACCCGCUUGUUGGCGGCAUCUUCGUUGAUGGCAGAGACAUUUCCAGCAUCAAUGUCAACUCCUACCGAAACCACAUCGCCCUCGUCUCGCAAGAGCCUACAUUGUACCAAGGAACUAUCCGUGACAAUAUCCUGCUAGGCGCCGACCGCGCCCCUGAAGACGUUCCCGAAGAGGCCAUCAUUCAAGCAUGCAAAGAAGCCAACAUUUACGAAUUCAUCCUUUCUCUCCCCGAUGCUUUCAACACCGUCGUAGGCAACAAGGGAGGCAUGUUGUCUGGUGGUCAAAAGCAGAGAAUUGCCAUCGCGCGAGCUCUGUUGCGUGAUCCCAAGAUCCUGCUUCUGGACGAGGCUACGAGCGCUUUGGACUCGGAAAGUGAGAAGGUUGUUCAGGCUGCAUUGGACAAAGCGGCCAAGGGACGAACGACAAUCGCAGUAGCACAUCGUCUCAGUACGAUUCAGAAGGCGGAUGUAAUUUAUGUCUUUGAUGCCGGGAGGAUAGUGGAGAGCGGGACGCACAGUGAGCUAAUGAAACGAGGAGGCAUGUAUUUUGAGCUUGUCAACCUGCAGAGCUUGGGACGGACGGGAUGA